AGUACCUCGUCGACUCUCAAACAUAUCUGUUGUUGCUUGUUAGAAUCUGCUGCUCUUAAUCGUUGUUUCGACUGAUAAGCUUUCCUUUGCUGCAACAGUCAUUUACUGUUUGUGUUAUUCUGGUUGACAGUGCCAGCUGCAGAUGUGACGUUUGUUCGUCCCAAGUUGAGCAAAACCACUGGGCAUCGUCUGCAACAAAACAAACCGCAGUGAUACAUUUUUACUUGGGAACAGUGUUGUGCGAAGCGUAUAAAAAUGACACUCGGCAGCAUCAUACUGACCAUAUUAGACCCUCUGAAAAUAAUUCGCAAUUAUUUACUCAAACCAUUAGCAGUUACAGGAAUAGUAUUUGCUGAGGAGUACAAACGUAAAACUAGUGCGGGAGUGCAAUCGUCGAAAAACAUUAUCUUGAAACUGAUCGUGGUUGUGCUGCUUGGACUGUCAGUCGUGUGGGCAUCGAUAUUUAUGUAUGCUUACUUCUACUACACUUACAUGCCUACGGUGUCGCACGUAAAAGAUGUGUAUCUCAGCUACAGCAAAUGCAGUGCAGAUGGAUGUCAGAAGUACCCUUCGGAUAACGUAGUACUGACGAAAAAGCAACAGUUGCUGAUGGUUGGCCAACCAUACCGAGUCAUAUUGUACCUAGAGAUGCCAGAAUCGGAACAAAACGAUAAAACAGGCAUGUUCACGGUUUGCGCAACGAUGUAUGAUCAUACCGGAGAGCACACGACAAAGUCCUGUAGACUUUCCAUGCUUCACUACAAGUCCGACUUGCUAAAAAUAAUCUCAACGGUGGUGUUUGCUCCGCUUAUGAUUUUGGGUUACCGGGAGGAGAAACAGAUGGUAACUGUAGAACUAUUUACGCACUACGAAGACAACCAAAUCCAUCCGGCCACCAAUGUGGACAUUGCAAUCCUUUCAAGCAGCGUUCAGUUCUACUCAGCACAGCUCCACAUCACAGCCAACUUCUCGGGACUGCGGUACCUGAUGUUCAAUUGGCCCAUCUUAUCGGCUAUCAUCGGAAUCACAACAAAUUUGUUUUUCAUACUAAUUGUGUGCGUUCUCAGCUGGUACCAUUGGGACGAUACUGAAUGGUUAGUCGACAUAAAAGAUCGGUAUCAACAAAUCAUCAAAAAAUCACAUACUGCUGCUAUUGAACAUUUGCCAGUAGGACCAAGAAGGAUGGUCAAGCCGGAUGAUUCAGCCGAGAACGUCGAGGAUAUUUCCAGUUUCAAAGACGAUUUAGGAUUAGCGAGCUGAUGAAGUACUUGAUAUAGAAAAAUCAGUACAAAACAAUCACACACCCAAUCCAGUUUAAUGAUAUUCGUUGCUUUUUAACAUACAAGGUUAAAUAGUUUCUAGUAUUUUUGCGUUCUGACUAAGUCAAUACCCAUUUGAUAUAAUGGUAGUUUUUGUCAUGAGUUGUUAAAAUGAACAAAGAGAAAAAUAAAUUUAUAUUUAAUUUA